CGUGAGUGGACGUUAUUGCUACGCCGAAUUGUAAUCGUCUAUUCGUGCAUUCGUGCAGAUACAAAACGUAUCGGCGACCGUGUUUAGUUUCUCGUGCGUGUGACGACGCCAGCGACGAGUAGGCAUUAAACGGCCGUCGUAACGUGUAUAUGAAGUGUAUGGUGAAUACAAACAUACAUACGUACAGCGAAGUGAAUUUGUGAGUGAGUGUGUGUAAAUUGGUCGUUUUCGAUCUCAUAAUUCGAGGGUGAAAAGCGAAAAACUUGUUUGAAAUAUAAUUGCGGACAAACGGAAGAGGUAGUAAGAACGCUGCUACACGCACACACAUUCAUACAUACGAACGCAAACAUAAUUACAACAUGAAAAAAACGCAUGUGUUAUUAUAAAAAUUAUAUAAAACAACAACAACAGGCAAGCCAUCAGCUAUACGUAACAUUACUUGUGUGUGUUUCUUUUUUUGUUUUUGCUCUUCUAUUUUUCUAUGCCGGGCCGGUUCCUCUGAACGCACGUUUUUAUUCUGUUUUGCAGUAGCGCCGCUCGCCAUUCGCUGCCUCUUUCAGCUGACGCCUCGUAGCCACUUCACAGCUGUGCAGCCGUUGCUGCUGGAGCGUGUUGUUUAUUUGUGUGUUUGUUGAUCACUCCUUUCGGGGUGUAGACCGGCAAUAGCAAAAUAUUUUGCAUAACUAUGAAUUUUCUUUAAUUUCAGUAGUAAAAGCCUUCGUGGCAAACAAAUUGCAACAAAAAUCGACAAAUUUGUUAACAGUUUUAUGCCAACCGCGUCUGUUGCACGUGGCAAGGCGGCAAGAAAUCAAAUUGCAAAACAAAUAAAUAAAAACAGCACAGAAAAAAAUCCCAACGAAAACAACUUGCAUGCAAACUAACUUACGCGCAAGAAAUAGACGAAAUAAAUGAGAACAAAAAAAUUGUGAAGUUUCUUAGCUGUGCCCGUUAUACGAGUCAGCUAUUUGUUUUAAAAUUUUCUCUUCGGUGUGUGCGUUUUCUUCUCAACAACUCAAAGCGCGCUGCAGCAACAUCAUUAAAAAGUUUGCCAUUCAAAAGAAAACAACAGCAAAACAUUACAACAAAAAGAACAAGCACCCUUCAAUAGGCAUCAAACAACACGCGCGCAACUUCGGGCAUUGCGGCAUAGCCAGCCGCUAAAAAAAAGUGUAUGAACAUACGCGUACAUACAUAUGUAUAGAAGGUGAUAUAUCUAUCUUACUUAGGGUUGCAAAAACCUGACCAACUCUGCUGCAUUGUAUAUUCAUUUGGCGCGUCCGCACCCACUCGUGCGAAAUCAACGACAAGCUGCUACCGACAGGCGUACUGCAACUCCAUCUACGCAACAUCAGCUGUUGGGGUGUUGUGUUUUUGUACGUGCUGUUAUCCGACCAGCGCUGUCCUGCUGCAUUUUGUGGAUAAUUAGUUUCUUCCGAAAUGCAGUAAAGUUCAAGAAUUGGUACUCAUUGAGCGCUUGAGCAGUGAAGCACUUAUAACUUCAUGGCUUGUCUGCCUUUUGUUCGUUUAAAUUCACACCAAGGUUUUCCAAUAAAAUAAAUCGGAUUGAAAAAAAAAGAAUAUGCGUGUUGAAAAUUGUGGUAGCAUAUGCAAAACAAAUAAGUGCAACGACAACAACAACAAAAAUAAUAAUAAUACAAUAACAACAGUGAAAUGCUGUAAUAAGUUUUAUAACAGAAGCAAUAAUAAUAGUAACAAAAACCCGUAACCACUUCAUAAGUGCAGCUGUGGCACGCCACUUGGUAGUAAACGACCGGCGACCAUUAAACAAAGUGCCAAUAAAAAGUUUAAACCUAUCAAAUUAACAAUCGUUAAAACACACUUAUGUACGUACGCAUACAAUUAAUUGCGAAUUGGAGAGAACACUAAUAAAAACACAGACAAAUUGUAAAAAAGUUGUAAACCGGACCAAAUCUUCGAAUGACGUUUCGUAAUAAACGAAAUACGAGUCGAAGAGCUUGACGUAAGCGAACCAUAACGCACAAGAAUAGAACGCAUGUUAGCUAAUAACCGAUACAAACUAAAUAAAUCUCAAAGAACGAAUUCGAAAAUGUCGAUGACGAAAUCACAAAUCCGGUUUAGUGCUGCAGCAGCUCCUUACCAACAGCGAGUACAUAUGUACAUACUCCUUAGUUGCCUGUGCGCACUCGCGAUAUUAGUGCCGGCCACAAAUGCGUUGGCGAAUUGCCCCAGCAGCUGUCAGUGUGAUGAUGACACUUUGGUGGUGAAGUGCGGUGAAGGCGCACUCGAUGUGCUGCCAAUAACACUGAAUCCCUUCAUACAACGCUUGGUGAUACAAAGCAAUAAAAUCAAGACCAUAGACUCAUCGCUGCAAUUCUAUGCUGAGCUUUUGUUCCUGGACCUCUCCUACAAUGACUUGGUCACACUGCCGAUGCGCACAUUCCAAUUUCAACGCAAGCUGCAAGAGCUGCAUUUGAAUCAAAAUAAAAUCGGUCAGAUCAGCAAUAUGACAUUUGUGGGCUUGGCCGCAUUAACGGUGCUCAAUUUGCGUGGUAAUCUGCUGGCCGAGCUCGAACAGGGAACCUUUGCGAAAAUGUCCAAACUGGCGGAAUUAAAUUUGGGACAAAAUCGUAUAAAUCGUAUCGAUCCGCACGCGUUUGAUGGUUUGAUGAAUCUACGUACACUCUAUCUCGACGAUAAUACAUUGACUACAGUACCGGCGCCUAGCAUAUUCCAAGCAAUGCCCAAUUUAGCUGAGCUUUAUUUGGGCACCAACUCAUUUACGUCUAUACAAGCGAAAGCUUUUAUAGAUCUCAAAGGGUUAACACGCUUGGACUUACGUGGUGCUGGUUUGCAUAACAUAUCCGCCGAAGCAUUGAAAGGUUUGGAGGGCUUGCGGUACUUAGAUCUGGCUGACAAUCGCCUACACGUGGUACCGACAAAUGCGCUGAGCCACUUGGAGCGACUAGAGGAACUUUUGUUGGGACAGAAUGAUUUUGAGGUGAUUGCAAGCGGCGCCUUCGGUGGACUGAAACAGUUACGUAAACUGGAAAUUACAGGCGCCCAGCGGUUGCGUAGCGUGCAAAAUGGCGCUUUUAGUGCCAACACCAAUCUGGAACAUUUGAAUUUAUCAUCCAACAAGAUGUUGCAGGAAGUACAAGAGAACGCUCUGGGAGGACUGCCACACCUGCGUCACGUCAUACUCAAAGAAAAUGACUUGCACACGAUUGCCGAGGGACUCGUGCCAUGGACCGACCUACAAACACUCGACCUCUCCGACAAUCCGAUCGUCUGCGAUUGUCAAGUGUUGUGGCUGCGUAAUUUGCUCGUAUCGAAGAACUCUACCACCGACAGGCUCAUCGACGUGAUGUGCGUAUACCCGGAACCCAUGCGUAGAGAACCACUAGCACAACUAUCGCCGGCCAUGCUAGGCUGUUCACAUAGUGACACAAAGCAACAGGCCAUGAUCAUAGUGGUUGUUGUUGUUACAACCGCCAUCAUAACCGGUUUGUCGUUGCUGAUUUAUGGCUGUCGGCGACGCAUACGCGAAACACUGAAAGGCGGUAGGGGCAAUUCGGCAUUGGGACGUAAGGAGCGCGAGUACCAGAAGACUUGCUCAGAUGAAGAGUACAUGACGCGGCAGCAACACCCUUGCAGCCUCAGCAUACAACCAACAAUGCAGUUCACCAACAGCGUCGGCUACAAUAUGCAACAGACGCAGCCGUAUAUGGGCUCCCGGCCAAUACCAGUUACCGAACUAUAGCUAGAAGCACCACCCCC